GCCAAUGCUCUCGAAUCUAUACUCGACCAAAAAGACAUCGUCGUGAUUAAGGCUAGAAGACUUGAGAAACCUACGCUUGUCUACGACGCUUGGGAACUGCAUUGUUUGGAGUCGGUAUCAAGUAUUGUAGACGGGUUUAGCAAAGGCACUAAACGACUACAACAUAAGCUCAUCUCCAAUGAUCCUGUCUUUACUUCUCGCAAGAAUCAGCUGUAUUCCGAUGUCCGCUUUGAACCCCAUUCGGCCGCUCGAAGCGCAAAGUUCAGCGACCGCAAUCUUGCGCUCAAAACAUCAAUCUGA